CAAUUUAUUUUAACAGUAAAUAGAUUUAUUUGUAAACAGUUGUAUUUGUUUGUUGACCUAAAAACGUAAAAAGAAUAUAAAAUUGCGAAUGGAAUUUGCAGAAGAAAAUGAGUGGAGUUGCUAGCCGGCUUAAGCAAACCUUAUUUGGAACAUAUCGCACACUUUCUGUCGACAGCGAUUCCAGCAAUGAAAGUAAAUUAAAUAAAGAAAAAAGUUCAAUACUUGACAGCUUAAUUACAAAGUUUUCACAAAAUCACGAUCACGUUGUUAAACCAUCGUGUCCUGAUCAAAAUGCUAAUAAUCGUGACCACAAGAUUUUAUUAAUCAUUGAUUCUCCUGAAAAUGAAUGGGGAAAAAUAUUCCGUGGUAAAAGACUGCAUGAAGGAGAGAUUGAAAUUAAAAUUGAACAGGCCACAUUCUCAGAAUUGCAAAUUUUAUCAUCAACAGAAAGAGGCGCAAAUGUCAUAAUGAAAGUUGUAAAAAAUGGUCAACAAGUUGUCAGAAUGUUUAGACCGGAUUUUGUAUUAAUCCGAGAAUACAUAACCGGACCAGAUAAAAAAAACAAUCACAAAGAUUUUUUACUUGGAUUGAUGCAUGGACUUGUACCAGCUGUCAACUCGCUUUUUUCUGCAUAUAAUUUUUUAGAUAAACCGGCAGUUUAUGCGGAACUCUUGCGAAUUCAACAAAAUUUAGGUUGCGAUAUAUUUCCAUUAAUAAAGCAAACAUAUUAUCAAAGUUUCAACGAGAUGCUCAUUCCUCCACCAUUACCAGUAGUCGUAAAAAUAGGAAGUGUGAACAGUGGGUACGGAAAGGUUUGUGUUGCAAGUACCCGCGGUUUUCAAGAUGUAACGAGUAUAGUGGCUAUGACUAACAACUACGCAACCAGUGAACCAUUUUUGGAUGGAAAGUUUGAUAUUCGAAUUCUAAAACUAGGACAGCGUUACAAAGUUUUUAAAAGAAAAUCGCUGACCGAUUCAUGGAAAACAAAUACUGGUUCGUCAUCUAUCGAAGAAAUUGCUCUCACUGAGCGAUAUAAAAAAUGGGCAGAUGAAUGUAGCACUCUCUUUGGAGGUUUAGAUAUAAUCUGCGUUGAGGCAAUUCAUACCGUAGAUGACAAGGAAUUUAUAGUGGAGGUUAAUGACAUUCCAAAAAGUAUAAGUCUAGACAAGUUGGAAGAUGAUAUGAAAUGCAUUGCAAAUGUUGUUAUUAAACGCAUGGAAACCCACUUUAAGCCUCCUAUUGGUGCAGUGAAAAAGAACUUAACAAAUAAAUCGCUGAAUGCAAAUGUGAGUAUGGCAGAAUAUGCUAAAUCUACACUAUCUCCAUUCAAUGCAACAUCGCCAAAGCAAAGUCCCCAUCAUACCGAAAAAAUUCCACGUCCAGGUAGUGCACCACCUCUUGAACUUUCUGGUUCAGGUUUUGCAUCACCUCUGUUAGACAGAAAAAAUGUAAUAAAUGACAAUCUUAAAUUGACGCGUAAUAGAAAAAGUUCGAUAGCGGAACUAAUAUUUGGCACGGACAAAAUUUAAAAAUUGGAAAUAUAAUUAACAUAUAUUAGUAUAUUAGUAACUUCUGCAUUAAAAAGAUUGUAUAUAUAAAAUUAUUCGUACAUAAAAAAGUUCAAUAUUUUGUCUAAUAAUAAAGAUAUAUUUGAAAUUUA